AUCACUAUUCACUGGUCAUCAAGUUCAUAAAAGAUGGAGAGGUACAAGGCAAUUAAUGAAGUUGGCGAGGGAACCUUUGGCACUGUUUGGCGAGCCAUAAAUAAGCAGACUGGCGAAACUGUUGCAAUUAAGAAAUUGAAGAGAGAAUAUCAUACAUGGGAGGAAUGCAUAAAUACGAGAGAAGUCAAGUCAUUGCGGAGAAUGACGCAUCCUAAUAUUGUGAAGCUGAAGGAAGUCAUCAAGGAAAAUAACACGCUGUAUUUUGUGUUCGAAUACAUGGAGUGCAACCUAUACCAACUCAUGAAAGACAGGGCAAGGCUUUUCUCAGAGGCCGAAAUCAGAAACUGGUGUUUCCAAGUGUUAAAGGGUCUUGCAUACAUUCACCAGCAAGGAUAUUUUCAUCGCGACCUGAAGCCAGAGAACUUGCUGGUCUCGAAAGAUGCAAUCAAGAUUGCUGAUUUUGGUCUUGCCCGCGAGAAUGAUUCACAGCCACCGUUCACAGAAUACGUCUCAACGCGCUGGUAUCGCGCCCCAGAAGUGCUGCUCAAGUCGCCAACUUAUAGUUCUGCAGUUGAUAUGUGGGCAAUGGGUGCAAUAAUGGCCGAGCUAUUCACCCUACGGCCUCUUUUUCCAGGUUCAAGUGAAGCGGAUGAGAUGUACAAAAUAUGCAGCGUCAUAGGCACGCCAACAGAGAGCGAGUGGGCCGAUGGGGUGAAACUUGCAAGUGUUAUUAUUAACUACGAGCUGCCACAGAUGAAAGGGGUCCAUCUAUCUGCAUUGGUGCCAACCGCCAGUGAGGAAGCAAUCAAUCUUAUGACGCUGCUCUGUUCCUGGGAUCCUUCCAAGAGGCCGACAGCUUUAGAGGCCCUCCAGCAUCCAUUUUUCCGGAGCUGCUUUCACAAGAUUCCACCGUCUCCCCGUUUCAAAACUAAGAAUUGUAACCUUCCAAAGAUGGCGGCUGGCAAGCAAGAACACCCACCCCCACCUGCAAGAAUAUAAAGGCAAGGGCUGCUGGCUUGAUGGAGAUGAGGGGGUGAUGAGUUUACUAAUGGGUCUUCUUUUUAGCUUAUAAGGUUCAAAAACUAAAGAGUUGUAAUUUGUUCUUUUUUUUUUUUAUUGUAACUUGUAAAUGGAAAAGGGUUCAUUGUGAAGCUGGCCAGGCCUGAACAUUUA